AUGGCUGCCCGCCUGCUGCUGCUCUUUUUCCUCGCCGUUGCUGCUCAAGAAGCUCCGGAAACUCUGCCGAUCGAUGGCGACAAGAGCCUCCAGUUGGUGCAAGUGAUCUGGCGCCACGGUGAUCGCUCCCCCACAACAACCUGCGCCACCGACCCGAUCCAGGACGACCAAUGGAUUUUUGGCGGCGGUGGCUGGGGCCAAUUGUCGCCGAUCGGCAUGCAGCAGCACGUGGAGCUGGGCGUGAAGCUGCGCAAGCGGUACAUCGACACCGGCUUCCUGUCGCCGCACUACCGGGCUGACGAGGUCUACUUCCGGUCCACCGACCUGAAUCGCACGCUGCUGUCCGCCAUCUCCAACACGAUCGGAAUGUACGGCCAGGGCGGCGCCGCCAAGGGCAUCUGGGGCAACAUCCCGGAUUUCGGGCCCGAUUCUAACUACACGUGGCCCGCCUUCUACAUCCCGAUCCCAAUCCACACCACCGUCAACCCCACCGAUUUUUGCGGAAACCCGGAUGCCAAAUGCCCGCGUCACGAACAUUUGCGGAAAAUGGCGGAAGAGACCCCCGACUUUGUGGCCCUGCUCAACGAUGAAAAUAACAAGAAAAUCUUCGCGCUGCUCACCGAAAAGUGCGGCAAGCCGUACAACUACGAAAACUUGUGGGAAGUGGUCGACGCGUUCUUCAUUGAGCGCGCCUACAACAGGACCAACCCGGCGUGGAUGACCGACGACUUGUACGUGGACCUCUUCGACCUGAACAACCAGGUCCAGGAUUUCGUCAACGGCAUCGGAAUCCCGCCAGUCAACGGGCUCGACCUUUCCGCCGAGAUUCGCCGCAUCCGCUCGGGCGCCAUGUUCAACCUCUUCAACGACCACAUCUCGCAAAAGCGCGACUGCGUGGCGAAGACCGGCGUCAACUGCAGCCAGUGGAUGAAGGGGCUCAAGUAUUUCGUGUAUUCGGCGCACGACACGACGCUGUACGCCUACCUGACCGCGCUCAACUCGGAGAAGCUGGUGAUCAAGGACGGAGGCUACCCCCAUUACUCGGCCGCCGUCAUCACCGAGUACUGGCGCGACAGGGCAGGCAAUGAUUAUGUCAAGUUCGUCUACCACAACGGCUACCAGGACGGCUUCACAGUGUUCACCGACCAGGUGCCCAUCUGCAACGGCUCGCACAUCUACUGCCCGCUGGAGAACUACCGCAAGCUGGCCGCCGAGCUCUCUUUCGCAAAAUGGGGUGGCCUGCCGGAAGUGAUGUGCAAAGACCUGGGCGUUACGGCUCCUUCGCCAACUCCGAUCCAAACGCAGAGAGAGGAUCCACCUCCGGCAAAUGUUGCUGAACAAGUGCGGCUAGGCCUCAUGCUCACCGUUGUCUCGCUACUCGCCUCGAUGCUGCGACUCCUC